AUGUCACAUUCGUGGAACGAGAACGAGGCCAUCGGCAUCGAGACCUCGACUCGGGUUCGGUCGACGGACGUGUCCCAAGCCAACUAUCCCUCCAAGAAAACCAACAACAAGCACGUCAAUGAGAAAAAGUUCGACAGGAACGCAAUCGACGGCGGUAAUUUGGGGGCCCGUAUCCAAGCCCUUACCGACUCCGAGGAAACGUCCUCGAUUCUUUUCUGUCCUCAUAUAUGGCAGCGUUACCUUGUGAGGUUCGUCGCGUUUACAGCUACUCUACCGGCGGUGCUUCUGCUAUGGGCUGCCUAUUACCAGGGACGCACUAUUGUCUCUUACUGGACAGGCGAUGAGUCAAGCCACAUUGCCCUGUCAAGAUUGCAAAUGCUCUCGGCAACGCUGUUCUUUCUUGUCGAGAUUCUGUGGGCCGUUGACCAACUACUCGUUGCGUGGCAAAUCAAAAGCUACAGUUUUUUCGGUACCUGGCGUCCUCGUCUUCGGCUGUUGGGCGAGAACAAUCUCCCGUCUGUCGAUGUGGUUAUUUGCAUUUGCAAAGAAUCGGAAGCUUUGGUCUACGGAACAGUUCUUGCUGCUUUCGAUCUCGAUUAUCCUCUCGACAAACUGAGGGUCAUUGUAACCGACGAUGGCGGAGACAGCGCGGUAGAGAGCGGACUUGCUGCGCUCCGAAGCAGAGUCGGAAAUGUAUUCUACACCUCGAACUACGGCAAAGCAACGGAGAAGCCUCCUGGAGUCAAAGCCGCCAAUCUCAACAAUGCCCUUCAGUUCAUCGACAGUCUUCCUGGAGGCAGAGCGGAAUUGACCGCCGUGCUGGAUGUAGACAUGAUUCCCGACAGAGCAUGGCUCAGAGCAACGAUUCCCCAUUUUUACCCAGCUGGGGGAUAUCAGGAGGACGGAAAAGAGAUAGGUUUGGUUUGCGGGGUUCAGACUUUCUACAACAUUCCCGACAACGACCCAACCAACCAAUCCAAUUCUCUCCGUGUCAAAUGCUACCACCCCAUCCAAGAUCAAGCGGGGAAGGGCCAAUGCGCCGGGUCAGGCUGGGUCAUGCGCCGGAAAGCCCUGGAUGACUUACCUGGUGGGCAGUUUCCGACAACCUGUGUCUGCGAGGACUUCUACACGCAGUUUCUUCUGGGCCAAACCAACCACUGGAUUACCGCCGCUGUUGCCGAGUAUUUGCAAUGUGGCCUGGUCCCUGAUACCUACCAGGCACAACUCAAGCAAUACACUCGCUGGUACCUCAGCAACCUUGCCGUGCAGGACCUUCAUCAACUCUCAGGGCACUCCUGGAUAUCUCUCUUGGAAAAGCUGGUUUGGAAAGCGCCCGUUACCAUGGUUGGGUUGAUGAUGAUGCAUCUGAAGCCUCACCUCGCCACCCUUCAGCUCAUCCUUUUCCCUCUCCUCUUUCUUACCAAGACCCCGCUCAUUGUUACGUCCCCCGACAGAUCAAAGGAGCUGAUCUGGUUGCUCAGGAUUCAUGCCGGUUCGGUAUUCUUUUCCUAUCUCCAUCACGUUCACAUCGGCGUCAUGGCAGGGUAUAGAGCCUCGAUCAUGGACUGGGGCAUGACAAAGUGGCUAAGCCCGCAUUACACAGUUGCUUACAUGAAGACAUACUUCCCCGGGCUAUGCAACUCCACUCAGUCAAAGAAAUCCACCGCCGCUGCCUUCGUCUCAACUGGCAGUCUCAAGGACAAGCUCUUCGAACGCUUUCCAGCGCGGCGGGGAGGCCUGUCGAAGAGACUGAACCACAUCCUUCUUGAGUGUGGUGUCUGGAUGCACUGUGUGGCUGUCACAGCCAUACUCGUCACGGCCUGGGUCGCUGUGAAGAAUCUUCCCGAGGCCUCAAACAACAUGGAGAAGCUCCUCAGUAUUCUGCUCUGGGUUUUCUGGCCCUCAAAUCAGGCUUUCAUUGUUCUUGCGAUAGCCUGCUUUACUCCGAUCAAGUACGCCAUUUGGCCCCCCAACGUCGGCGAGAACCAUGACUUGCUCCAGAAGGUCCACAACGGACCGGGGGCGCCCACCUCUUUUCUAUUCCGCCCCAGAGAGGAGGCAAAGCGCUGGGAGGAGAGAAGUAAUCCGAUUUGGGGUGGAGGGCUGGAUUUCGUGACGGUUUACACCAUUUGGGGUAUCUGGGCCGGGUUGGUGUUCAUUUGGGCCUGGUGGCUCUAG